AUGGUCGCUGGGGCAACUGAUGUAGGUCCAGUCAAUGUGACGGCAUUCAGAGCCCAAAAAGCACCUGAUGUAGGUCUGGUCAACGCACCAGCAUUCAGGGCGCUUGAAAGUCCGUUCAUCAGUACGGCAAACGAAAGUCCGUUCAUCAAUGAAGAGUACAGAGCUCUUCUGCGUUCGUUGAACUCAAAACAGAAAGAGUUUUACAAUCAUGUUGUUCACUGGAUAAAAACAAAAGAUGCACUUUUAUUUACAUUUCUUUCUGGUGGUGCUGGUGUUGGUAAAAGUGUUGUUAUAAGAGCAUUGUAUCAAACACUAUAUAGAAUGCUUAAUUUGAAAGAAGGAGAAAAUACUGAUGAUAUAAGGGUACUCUUGUGUGCAUAUACUGGAAAAGCAGCUUUCAAUAUAAACGGCUCUACUAUUUCGUCCGCAUUUAAACAGAAAUACAAACAGUCUGACCAAACAUUAACAUAUGACAGCUUUAAUACAUUCAGAUCCAGAUAUCGAGAUUUAUCUGUUGUCAUAAUUGAUGAAAUUUCAAUGAUUAGUAAUACUUUGAUGAGUUUCAUUAAUCAGAGACUUCAAGAAUUAAAAGGUACUCGCAAACCAUUUGGAGGUGUAAGCAUUAUCGCAGUGGGAGAUUUAUUCCAAUUAAAACCUAUAAAUGGUGGUUGGAUAUUUAAUGAUUUAAGUCAUGAUGCUGCAUCUUUGUCCAUGAACUUAUUAAAAGAACUGUUUGUUAUGUAUGAGUUGUCAGAAGUAAUGAGACAAAAGGAUGAUUUAUUAUUUGCAGACUUAUUAAACAGGCUGAGAAUUAACUCACUGACAACAGAAGAUAAAAUGGUCCUUAAAGGUUGUGAAGUUGAAUCCAGUGCUAAGAAUGAUCAAGUUAACUCCCCACAUCUAUUUGCUGAAAAUUAUUACAUGCAUAUUUUCAAUGACACACUUCUAAACAGUUCAAACAAUCAAAAAGUGUCUAUUCUUUGUCAUGAUUCUGCUGUUUCACCAAAAUUGUCAAAGGGUAAACAAGAAGAGGCUAUCAAAAGAUUGCCCACAGAUCCAAACAGAACUGCUAAUCUUCAUUGUUCAUUGGAUAUUGUUGUAGGAAUGUUGUAUGAUUUAACAGUCAAUACAAAUACUGAAGAUGGACUUGCAAAUAGUGCAUCAUGUGUUGUAAAGUUCAUAGAGUAUAAACUGAAGGAAACACAACGUCCUAGUAUCAUAUGGGUACAAUUUGUGGAUUUGAAAGCUGGUUGUGGAACUAGAUUAAAAUAUGAAAAUCGAGGCUUUUAUCACACACAAAUAAAUGAAAAUUGGACACCAACAUUUGAUAUCACAAUGACCUUCAUAUAUUACAUAAAAACUUUUGAAAGAAUCCAGUUUCCAUUACAACCUUCUGCUGGGAGAUCAGUUCAUAGAGCACAAGGAACAACACUUGAUAGUGUUUUGAUUGACCUAUCCCAAAGAAAAACACGAAAAGUUCCUCACCUUCAUUAUGUUGCAUUAAGUAAGGUAAGGUCUUUAGAAAAGCUUCAAAUGCUCAAUUUUAAUGAACAGGGUUUACAAGUUGAUGAACAAGUUAAAACAGAAAUGGAAAGAUUGCUUAAAGAUGCUUCUCUAGAAUUGUGUUAUGUCCCCUUGGAAUCUAUACAUGUAUUUUCAAAUAUGGAUUUUAAAAUUGCAUUCAACAAUUGUAGGUCAUUAAACAAGCAUUUCAUUGAUGUGAAACAUGACCAGGGAUUGUUGUCUUGUGAUAUUAUUGGAUUGGCAGAAACUAGAUUACAUGAAAAUGAUAAUGAUUCUUCCUUUCAGAUACAGGGAUACCAUUUAAUACGCAAUGACCAAUGUACUACAUCAACAGUUUUAAGAUUAUAA